UUGCGCCCACAAAACAAUCAUCAUUAAAAUCCUAACGUUAGCAUUUUCGAAACCUGUUGGAGCUUUGUCAAAAACAGAAACUCGUUGGAGCCAAACGGCUUUAAAACUUUGUCACAUGUUUCUCUCUCUCUCUCUCUGAGUUGCAUUCAUAUCACUUUCUUUAAUUACUCUUUAAUAACAACACCAACAUAAACAUUCUUUCUUAUCUUCUUCUCUUUCCAUUGAAAGAGAAAGAAAGAAAGAAAGAAAAUGGGUUGUUUUCUUCAGUGUUUUGGUUUAACAAGCAAAAGAAAACGAAGAAAGACUCUCUACAAAGUCCUAGCUGGAGAGAACCAACAGAAAUAUGGAAACUAUCAAGUUCUUGCUACUGUAACAGAGAAAUCUAUUGUACCAUAUUCUAAAAUCAGAGGUGGAGAUCAAGAAAAGGAGAAGAGUGGUGUUAAGAGCAAGAAGAAGAAGAAAGUUAGCUUUAAUUUGAAUGUUGAGAUGUAUGAAGCAAACCCUGGUUCUUAUCAGGUUUUGGAUGAUGACGAGGAAGAUGAAAAUAAGGAGACUGCUGUGGAAUCGGAGAGAGAAGGAUCUGUAGUGUCGAUGAUUCGAUACCCGUCGAAUCAUAGAUAUUAUAACUGUAGUUAUGACAAUGAGGAGGAGGAUGAAAUAGUGUAUGAGGAAUCUGAUAUUGAUGAGUUUGAUGAUGAUGAAUUUGAUGAAGGGUAUGAUUGGGAUGAUGAAAGUUUGGAGAAUUACUGGGAUGCUGAAGUUUGUGAUGAAAACAGUGAACAGAAAGAAGAUGCGAUGAAGAAUCAGAAGUCGAACGAUGCUAAGUUGAAAUCGAAUUUGAGUGAACCAGAGAGGAGCAUAAACAUGAAUUCCGUUCUGCACCCGGUAGAGAAUCUUACUCAAUGGAAAGCGAUCAAAGCAAAAGUUGCGUCAAGUAAACAAACGAGAAAGGAAAAUGUUCCAUCAGAGCAAAAAACAAGCAUGCUGCCUGUAGUAUUGGAAUCAAGCUCAAAGUUCUCGCCUUGCGUCUUGGAAUCGAAUGCCAUUCAGUCGAAGCCUUUGUUGCAGGAAAUUGCAGUUGAUGCUAGUCUUUCAAACUGGUUGGUUUCUCCUAGUUAUAAUGUCUCCACUACAAUUCGUUGUCAAUGAUGUGGCCGAGUGCUUGAAGAAACAGAAACUUAGAAAAUAUACAAUGCAUCGAAUUUUGAUGCUUCUGUGGAUUAUUCAUUCAUUCAUUCAUUAAAAGUUUGUUGGGAUGAUUUCAUUGUAUGUGUGUCUAAUUCUUGUGUCCUGUAAUUGUUUUGUUUUUGGUUUGUGAAUGGUUAUGUUGUGAUCAA